AUGCAUACAAGCCCCCUCUUUCUCUCCUUUCGGUUCCGCCCGGCUCGCAAAAGCCAUCGAGGUUGACCCGACCGGAGAAGCCAAGUGGUGCCAUCGCCUGACCUCCCCACCUCCACCGCGCGACGCCGACGGGGACCCGCCGCCAUCUCCAGCCCCCCUCCGCGCCACGAUGGCCGAGGCUUUCCUGCACACUUCACAUUGAUGAAAAACCAAUCUUUCGGCCAUGCUUCAUGAAAAGUCCAGUUUAUGUUUAAUCUGGCAUUUGGAUGUUUCAGUUUGCUUAUGCAAAUAUUCUGAUGUUGUCAAUCUUGACUUUCACUAUGCUUCUUUGCUUUUUUCCCUUUCAUUUUAUUCCAGCCUCCAUAGAAGUGCUUUCUGUGUUGUUCAUCGUCUGUCACAAGUUUAUUCAUUUUCUUACACAUGGCAGAUUGAGAUAAAAACAGCACCUGCGGACUUCCGUUUCCCUACGACAAACCAGACAAGGCAUUGUUUUACUCGCUACGUUGAGUACCACAGGUGUGUGAAUGCCAAAGGGGACGAUGCUGGUGACUGUGACAAAUUCGCCAAGUACUACAGGUCCCUUUGCCCUGGAGAAUGGGUUGAGAAGUGGAACGAGCAGAGGGAGAACGGGACCUUUCCAGGACCUCUCUGAAUCUACUGCCUGAGACCUGCCCUCUGGACUCGUCAACACGUUGGCCAGUCGCACUGUUCCAUUCUGAAUUCCUGCUUUCAGAAUCGUCAAUGCCUUUGUCCCUUGCUCUUCAACCAGUCGCUACAAAACUGUUAGUGAUGCUCUCGUUAUGCUGUUCUAAUAAUUGGCUACAGUGGCCUCACAUGCUGCCUUGUGUUGUGUGGACCUCAUUUUAUUCGCGUAUAAACGUAUGAAUUGGAACUUGCAUUGUUUCGUGCUGCGACUGUACCGCCCUGUACUGCGCCUUUUGUGUCUUCAAUAUGCUGGAAUUGUAGUAAUGGCUGGGAAUCAGGGUA